GAGAAAGCAAAGAGGAAAGGGAAGCAGAGAGAGAGAGAGAGAGAGAGAGAGAGAGAGAGAGAGAGAGAGAUGGUCUGAUUUGUUUGGUGAUCAGAGCCAAUAGAAAUCCUGCGGUUUGAUAAGAUCCACAUGCGGGUGACGGAGAAGAGCCAGAAACAAGAGUUCAAACACAGCGGGGAGAGAGAAAGAGAGUAAGAGAGAAAGCCAGACAGAGAUAGAGACAGAGAGGAGAAGAGUGACUCAGAGAGACAGAUAGAAAAUCUUCAUCCCACUGAGCAGGACAGAAAGCCUGCUGAGGAACACUCGUGAAGUUCUCCUCCAACUUCUGGAGACAGAGAGGCAUCUCUUCAGACACCUUCUUCCAUGGGCAUCAAAGCAGCAUUCAGUCCACGAGCCACACACACACCAGCACUCUCAACCUAACCACUACCGGAAUACACACACACACACACACACAAACACAAACACAAACACACAAACACACACAAGCACACACACGCGUGCACUGAGAACUGGACCACUGCAGACGAGAGGAUGUGCUGUAAGCUGUUGUUUUGGGUUCUCCUGGCCGGUGUGCUGUGUGCUGCGUCCGAGAGCCGCAAGACCCGCCCACAAAGCUCAAUCCCGUCACCGUUCAAAACCAGCUCAAACACAUCUGAUCGCCGUGGCCGGAAACAAGAAGUAUUGGCCUCCAGUCAGGAAGCCCUGGUAGUGACGGAAAGGAAGUACCUGAAGAGCGACUGGUGCAAGACGCAGCCUCUGCGGCAAACCGUGAACCAUGAGGGCUGUCUGAGCCGCACCGUCAUCAACCGCUUCUGCUACGGCCAGUGCAACUCCUUCUACAUCCCACGGCACGUGAAAAAGGAGCAGGAAUCGUUCCAGUCGUGCGCUUUCUGCCGACCGCACCGCUUCACUACUCUCACUGUGGAGCUGGACUGCCCUGAACUGCAGCCACCAUUCCGGCACCGGAAGAUCCAGCGGGUCAAACAGUGCCGGUGUAUUUCUGUUAACGUUGCUGAAUCUGGGAAACAGUAAAGCUGAAAGACUACAGCAGCCUGCCUGGGAUGUUGGACAAAAGAAAUAUAUAAAAUAUAUAUAUGACAAACUUUUUUUUUUUUUUUGUAAAAUUUGGUACCUAAUAUAGGCAGAGUCAAAAGCUGCUAAUAUGUUGAGAUGUCUGGAGCUGUCCAUGUAAUAGUACAGCUUUUUUGGUGUAGUUCUUGUCAUGUGUGUUUUUGUGUGUUAUAUCGAGUUUGCAUCUCAAGACUGAUGUUUUCUGAAAGGACAAAAAAGACUUGGUGAAGGUGAAGAACUGAACACCUUUCUCUAAUGACGCCUAUAACCAUCUGGCUCACACGUCCUUGGACAGAAACGCCACCCGUUGGGGGAAAAAAAGCUGCUGAAAAGUAAAGCGUCCGAGUUGCAUUUGGAUCUUGUCCUAAUCUGAUUACCCUAAUCCGCAGAAGACACGUACGAUACAGAUACAGCAGACUUUCCUUACCAAUUUUGAGGGAAAUGAGGUGGCUGAGCUGCAGGACUGUCAGUAACAGUACAGGUGGGGACACAGACUUGAUUUGGCCAAUCAUGCUGCUUGCAGUGACUUCAAAUUAAGCCUUAUUCAAAGAAUAUAACAUUGUAUUACUAGACCGAGUAUAAUAGAGAUUAUAUAUGAUGGUACACUAAAAUGUAUAUAUCUAGAGAAAGAAAUUACCUCUAUAUUAAAAUCUAUUUCAAGUAGAA